CCCUUCUGUAUCUGCGCGCCUCUCUUCAGCAGAAGACACCGCUUCGGUGGUGCUGGUGGGACCCAUCCACGAUGAUUUCCCCGGUGCUCCUCCUGUUCGCAGCCUUCCUCUGCCAUGUCGCCAUUGCAGGACGGACUUGUCCCCAGCCAGAUGAACUACCAUUUGCUAUGGUUGUUCCGUUAAAAAGAGCCUAUGACCCAGGGGAGCAGAUUGUCUACUCCUGCAAACCAGGCUAUGUAUCCCGGGGAGGGAUGAGACGGUUUACCUGUCCUCUCACAGGAAUGUGGCCCAUCAACACCUUGAAAUGUAUACCCAGAGUGUGUCCUUUCGCUGGAAUCUUAGAAAAUGGAGCUGUACGCUACACAACUUUUGAAUAUCCGAACAGCAUCAGCUUUACUUGUAACCCUGGGUUUUAUCUGAAUGGAACAAACUCUGCAAAGUGCACCGAGGAAGGAAAAUGGAGCCCAGAGCUUCCCGUCUGUGCUCCUGUCACCUGCCCACCACCACCAGUUCCUAAGUUUGCAACUCUUAAGGAUUACAAGCCAUCUGCUGCGAACAAACUCUAUCAGGAAAAAGCUGUCUUUGAAUGCUUGCCACACCAUGCCAUGUUUGGAAAUGACACAGUUAUGUGCACAGCCCAUGGAAACUGGACUGAAUCGCCAGAAUGCAGGGAAGUAAAAUGCCCCUUCCCCUCGAGGCCAGACAACGGGUUUGUGAACUAUCCUGCAAAGCCGGUGCUUCUUUAUAAGGACAAAGCCAAGUUUGGUUGCCACGAAACAUACAGUCUGGAUGGCCCGGAAGAAGUGGAGUGCACCAAGACAGGAAAUUGGUCCGCCCUGCCGAACUGUAAAGCAUCUUGCAGAAUAUCUAUUAAGAAAGCCACGGUGCUGUACCAGGGAGAGAGGGUGAAGAUCCAGGAACAGUUUAAGAAUGGCAUGAUGCAUGGUGACGAGGUUUCCUUCUACUGCAAAAAUAAGGAGAAGAAAUGCAGCUACACCGAGAAGGCUACAUGCAUAGAUGGCACCAUCGAAAUCCCCAAAUGUUUCAAGGAGCACAGCUCUCUGGCUUUCUGGAAAACAGAUGCUUCAGAGGUGACACCGUGCUGAAGGCAUUUUCAGAAU